AUGCAACUAUUGUGCAGCCUGCUGGCCCUCUCCAGCCUAUGCUGGUGCCUCAGCACCAGCCAAUAUGCCCCAGACCUUAUCACCUCUUUUCCUGGCCUGGCUGAUCUACCCAACUUCAAGGAGUGGUCUGGCUACCUCCAAGCUGGUUCUGACAAAUACUUCCAUUACUGGUUUAUGGAGUCCCAGGGAAACCCUGAGUCUGGCCCCUUGGUGCUGUGGCUGAAUGGAGGCCCUGGCUGCAGAUCGAUGGAAGGCUUAUUGGCAGAGAAUGGCCCUUACAGGAUAAAUGAUGAUGGCUCCCUCUACAUGAACCCCCAUUGUUGGAAUCUAGUGGCUAACGUGCUGUACCUGGAGUUACCGGCUAGAGUGGGCUAUUCCUACUCCUCUAGCCAGAACUACAAAAUUAAUGAUCAGCAGGUGGUGGCUGAUAAUUGCCAGGCCUUACCAAAUUACCUUAUGUUCUUCACCAAAUUCCCUAGCUUCACCAGCAAUGACUUCUAUGGCAGGGUCUAUGUGCCCUCUGUCAGUGCUCAAAUUGUUAAUGGUCCAGCCUCCAUCAAUUUCGAAGGCUUUGGUGUAGGGAACGGAAUGAAUAACUAUUAGCUCAAUGAUGAGAUGCUCCUUGAGUUCAGUUACUACCAUGGCAUCAUUGGAGACAACCUCUGAGACUCCUUGAACACCUCCUGCUGCUCCGAGGACGCCUGCAACUUCUAUAACAGCACCCAAGACACCUGCUUCGAUUCCAUCCUGGAGGCGUACAGAAUGAUCCAGGGGGUGGGCCUCAAUGUCUACAACCUCCACUCACCAUAUUGGGGGACUGCAGGAUAUCAGGAGCGCUACGCCGCUGACAUGAGCAACCUGUAUAGCAAAUACCAGUUCAGCGUGGCAGUGCCGCCUCUAGGAGUGCCCAUCCCUGGAAUCCCCAGGUGCAUCAGUGCCACAGCUAUGUAUGUGUGGUUGAACCAGGACAACGUGAGGCAGGCCGUCCAUAUUCCUGUAUUCCUUCCCAAUUGGGAACCUUGCAGCACCCAGGUGACUUCUCAAUACCAGAGGCAGUACAUGGAUAUGGCUCCCUUCUGCCAGGAGUUACUGCAGAGCAACAUCCGUGUCUUGGUGUACAAUGGAGACACUGACAUGGCUUGCAACUUCUUGGGAGCAGAGAAGUUUGUGGAGUUCCUAAACCAGCCCGUGAUGACUCUCUACCGGCCUUGGUACUAUAAGAGGCAGGUUGCUGGAUUCUUCAAGGAAUAUGAGCAAAUCACCUUCCUCACUGUCAAGGGCACUGGACUCAUGGUUCCCCAUUACCGACCUGCUCAGGCUCUGAAGAUGUUUGAGUCUUUUCUCAGGAACACCACAUACCUGUGAUCUUCCUCUGCUGCUGAUACUUCUCAGGCUGCCCAUGCUAAUCUUGAGAUAGCAGACCUGGGGUCCUUGAAAAACUCCCACAAUUGGUAGCUCACCCAGCAAUCCCAGCUUACCCAAAUGAACAAUACUUUGCAAAUUUUCAAGGACUG